AUGCGGCAGGUCUUGCUGGCUGUGCUGGUCGCUGCCGUGCUGGACAGUGUUCGAAGCGAAGUUCGUCUGCAUUCAGUCGCCGGCGAGGUGGGACGAGGCAACUUCACGUACUACAGCCUGAUGUACGAUGGGCCAAUUUCACUGAUUUUGCACUCAAACCGCGGAGACUGCGACCUUUACGUGUCUCAACACAACUCGAAGCCCACCUACGAACCGCACACGUACUGUCUGCACAGCAACACGUGCGGGCUGGACCGUGUCGACAUUCCUGAGCUGUUCAAACGGCCCGUGGGAGUUGGCGUUUACGGACACCCUUCGCACGAAGUCUGCGAAUACCUUCUAGAGGUUCAAUUAGAGAGAGGGGAAUUCGGUGACGACCCUCGAGUGUCCUACGAGCCACAAGAAACCACUGGACAUCAGGAGGAGCAGAGUUUGCUGUGGGGCAUCAUUGUGUCUGUUGCUGAACUUCUGCUCGAAGGCCUCUUGCUGUAG